CUUCCGGGCUCCGCGGCUCCGGUGGCUCCGCGAGGCCGCGGCUGCGGCGCUGGGCCCAGGGCGGCCCCCACACAGUGUCUGGACGCCUGGGUUCCCAGGAGGACGCAAUUUCCCAGCAAAUACUUGUUCUGAGCUUGAACAGACUGGUUGCCCAGAGGACCCUGAGAUUCUAAGUAGUGGCAAGACUUGCCCCCAGGAUUUGGAGGCUCCUAACACAGCAGCCAUGUUUCUGCGUCGGCUUGGCGGUUGGCUGCCUCGCCCCUGGGGCCGUCGGAAACCAACAAAGCCUGACUCGGAGGUGCCAGAACCCAGGUGGGUGGACAGCUCUUCUGAGAACUCGGGCAGCGAUUGGGACAGUGCUCCAGAAACCUUGGGAGAUGGGGGGCCUCCCAAGGCCAAAGCCCCAGGGAUGCUGCGGAGCUCUGAAGCAACACCAGAACCAAGCAAGGAGCUCCACGCGGAGCACCUGGGGAGCAAAGGAAUGGAGUCCCUCAAGUGGAACACGGCUGUCUCCAGCACACAAGAGUCAGAGCGGCGAGAAGUUGGAGGGACUUUGGGAAUAGAGCCUGUGGAUGCGGGAAGCAACAGGAGACCUGGGGUGUCCGCUGAAGAGGGACUGAAUGUUGCUGGGCCUGAAGCUGCAGUGGAGAGGCCCAGUCGGCACCAGAAGCUGCUGGGUUGGCUGCAGGGGGAGCCAGGGAGUUCCCCACGGUACCUGGGAGGCCCAGAAGAGUGUCUGCAGAUCUCCACCAACCUGACCCUGCACCUAUUGGAGCUGCUAGCCUCAGCCCUGCUGGCAGUGUGCUCCCGGCCACUACGGGCAGCCCUGGAUGCGCUGGGCCUACGUGGACCACUGGGCCUCUGGCUCCAUGGGCUGUUGUCAUUCCUGGCUGCCCUGCAUGGGCUCCAUGCUGUGCUGAGCCUCCUCACCGCCCAUCCCCUGCACUUUGCCUGUCUCUUUGGCCUCUUACAGGCCCUGGUGCUGGCUGUCAGCCUCCGGGAGCCCAGUGGAGAUGAGGAGGCCACUGACUUGGAGGGUGAGGGGUCAGAGAGGAAGGAUGAAGAGCAAAGGGGAGACACAGGCAAGAGGCUGUGACUGUGGGCCGGGGCAAAGGAUAAACACAGAGUGCCAUUUAGUAGGUAUGUGUGUGUAUGUGGGCGGGGGAUUGCAAGGACAGGGACCUCAGGAAUGGGGAGGAGACCAUAGAGCAUGUGGGCUCAGGGCCCCUCGUCACAUGCACAGGAGAGAACAGAGCUAUUUGGAGUCUGUGUUUAUGGGUAGCGGGGCCAUCACCCUUGGAUUCACCAGCUGUCGUUACUUUUUUGCUUUUACAUUUCUCCCACUUUGUUGGUUUUUUUUUUUGUUUUUGUGGUUGUUUUUCACCUCCACUUUUUAAAAGCCAAAAAAAAAAGUGUCAUGGGUGAAGAAUAAAGACCAAUGGUCCUUUCUACUUUUUAACUCCCUAGUGGAGGAGGCCAGAGGCAGAACAGAAUUCUACAUAAAGAGGCUGGCUUGGGUCUUAGGAUCUGAGCCAGCUAGGGAAUAGUGGGGCUGCUGAGCCCGAGGGCUGGAGGGGACAAGGCCCCUAGGUGACAGAAUCUGGUAUUCACGGAGCCACAGGGAAUAGAGAUAGUGGAAGCGGUAUUGACCAGAGGGAGAGCUCACAGAGACACUGGGGAAAGUGCUGGUGUUUGUCAUCACCACUUAGCAAUAAAUGACUGUGUCACACUAAAUCCUAAAUACACCACUACAAAAUAAGUUACCCCCAAUCAAGUGUCCUUUCUGACGCCGUCCAACUGCGGGGUUAGGUGGCAGAGGGGCUGGCAGGAAUACUGAAAUAUAAGGUGUGGGACUGAAGAGUGGAGACGAACACAGCGAAGAGGUGAGGACGGAAACUUUAUUAUUCUUGAAAGGCAGCUGGGAGU